UGAAACGCACGAUGUAGUAGUUGCUGGCGAGAUCGUAAUUCGUCAGGACGUGUAGAUGAUCGUUUUCCCUGCUGUGAUAGUUUUCUAACUGGAUCUAUAAAUAAUUUGUAAUCCUUUGAAAUAACGCUAAAACAAUGAAGAAAAAAUUGGAAAUCAUUAAAGAAAACGAAAAGAACGGAAAUGACGGAAUCGAACAGACAACCUAUAAAAAGAACAGCUUGUUAGAGGCUUUCAGUGAUUUCGUGGAUACAGGAGUUAAACAAGACGAUGUACCACCAGUUUCUUUCUCACAAUUGUACAGGUUCUCUACCGGUUUGGACAAAAUCGUCCUUAUUAUUGGAGUUUUGGGUUGCAUGGGUAGUGGUGUAUGUCAGCCUCUCAAUAUGCUACUUUUUGGAAAUUUAGCCGGAGAUAUGGCAACAUUUGGAUACGCUAUAAACCAAGGAAACGCAUCUCAGGCGGUUUUUGACCAAUUCUUAGAUAAUGUUAUUAAUUUUGCCAUAUACAAUACUAUAGUUGGUGCAGUCAUGUUUGUAUCCAGUUACUUGUCAAUUGCUUUGUUCAAUUACAGUGCACUCAGACAGGGCUACAAAAUUCGAACUUUGUUUUUCGAAAAAGUCCUGAAUCAGGAUAUCGGAUGGUAUGACGUUAAUCAAACAGGCGACAUCGCCAGCCGCAUGUCUGAAGAUUUGAAUAAAUUUGAAGAUGGUAUAGGAGAAAAGGUAGCACACUUUACACAUAUGAUGUUCACAUUCUUAGGGUGUGUAAUUUUAGCCCUUGUUAAGGGAUGGGAAUUGGCCCUUAUCUGCCUUACAUCCUUACCCGUUACUAUGGUGUGCAUUGGAAUAAUUGCUGUUGUGACAUCAAAGGUCGCUAAAAAAGAACUGGAUGCUUAUGCAAUGGCAGGAGCGAUAGCCGAAGAAGUUUUGAGCACCAUUCGAACAGUUAUUGCAUUCGGAGGACAAAAAAAAGAACUUGCAAGGUACGAAGAACAACUAAUAUUUGCACGAAAGAAUAACAUUCGAAGGUCAACAUUAUCCGGAAUGGGUUUUGGCUUGUUAUGGUUUUUCAUCUAUGCCAGCUACGCUCUUGCCUUCUGGUAUGGUGUCCGACUCGUACUAAGCGGAAAUGGAACUUAUGAUGUUGCCACUAUGGUUACAGUAUUCUUCAGUGUGAUGCAAGGAAGUAUGAACUUUGGAAUGGCAUCUCCUUAUAUCGAAGCUUUUGGCAUAUCCAGAGGGUCUGCAGCAAAACUGUUUUACGUCAUAGAUAACGAGCCGGUUAUUAACCAAUCAAAAUCCAGAGGUAAAGAACUGAAUCAUGUAAAGGGAAAAAUUACAUUCAAAAACGUCAAAUUCAAUUAUCCUUCAAGAUCAAACGUGAAAAUCCUACAAGGAGUCAAUUUGGAAGUUGAACCCGGUCAAACUGUCGCAUUUGUUGGAAGCUCAGGAUGUGGUAAAUCCACAUGUAUACAAAUGAUCCAAAGAUUUUACGAUCCGUCAGAAGGAGAGAUAUUGCUAGACGGAGAAAACUUGAAGAACAUAAACUUAACUUCGCUUCGAAACAACUUUGGAGUUGUCGGUCAAGAACCGGUUCUUUUUGGUACAACGAUUGGUGAAAACAUAAAAUAUGGAAAUAAAUCUGCCACCCAAGAGGACAUUGAAAGGGCUGCAAGAAAGGCAAACGCACAUGGCUUUAUCAAAAAACUACCCCAAGGUUACGACACUCUUGUUGGUGAAAGGGGAGCUCAAUUAUCCGGUGGCCAGAAACAGCGUAUUGCUAUAGCGCGAGCUUUAGUAAGAGAGCCUUCCGUACUCCUACUUGAUGAAGCCACAUCGGCCUUGGACACUAACAGCGAAGCAAAAGUGCAAGCUGCUUUGGAUGCUGCUAGCAAAUCCUGUACAACGAUCGUAGUCGCUCACCGUUUAUCUACGAUAAGGAAUGCAAAUAAAAUUUUUGUUUUCUCCAAUGGAGUAGUCGUGGAAGAAGGGAACCAUUCAGAGCUAAUGGAGAAAAAGGGGCAUUAUUACAAUCUUGUUAUGACCCAAGUGUCAGGUCCUGAACUUGAAGAUCUACAAUCAUCGAAGCGGAACGGAGUUGCUUUCAGGCAGCAAAGUUCCGUGAUGUCGUCAGAACCAGAUGAAGAUGAUGAUAAAAUUAUCUACGACGAUAACGAAUUCGAAAUGAAGCCAAGUACUUCAUCGUUGUGGUCUAUAAUACAAUUUAAUGCACCAGAAUGGUGGCAGAUCGUUAUCGGCUGUUUGGCAUCGACAUUUGUAGGAUUUGCUAUGCCUAUUUUCGCCAUAUUGUUCGGUGAUAUCCUUGGGGUUCUGUCCAACACUGAUGAGGAUUACGUUCGUUCACAAACGAAUACGUACAGCCUUUACUUCGUAGUAACUGGUAUAGUGACGGGAGUGAGCACAUUCUUACAGAUUUCGAUGUUCAGCAUUGCAGGAGAAAAAUUAGUAGAGAGAUUGAGAAAAGAACUGUUUGGGGCAAUGAUGCGGCAAGAAAUUGGUUGGUUUGACGAUAAGAAGAAUGGGGUUGGAAAUUUGUGUGCUCGUCUUUCAAGUGAAGCAUCCAGUGUUCAAGGGGCGACUGGUCAGAGAAUUGGAACGAUUUUGCAAUCUAUUGCAACAAUUGGGUUAGCUAUUGGGUUGUCAAUGUACUACCAAUGGAAAUUAGGAUUAGUCGCUCUUACUUUUAGCCCUAUUAUCCUACUAGCGAUGUUUUUCCAUGCCCGCAUGAAUCAUGUUGAAAACCUAGAAGAAGGUAGCUCAAAAGAAGCUGCAGCAAAGAUUGCAGUAGAAGCAGUAAGUAAUAUAAGAACAGUUGCCUCGCUAAGUGCAGAAAAAUUAUUUUACCAACUCUAUGUGUCCGAACUGUUACCAUAUCACAAGAAAUCUUUGAGAAAUAUUCACAUAAGAGCCUUAGUAAUGGCAUUAGCUAGAAGUAUAAUGUUCUUUGCAUUCGCAUGUUGUAUGUAUUAUGGAGGUACUUUGGUAUACAAUGAAGGACUGCAGUACGAAACAGUUCUCAAAGUAUCCCAGGCCUUAAUAAUGGGGACAGUUUCAAUAGCAAAUGCCUUGGCGUUUACACCAAAUUUCCAAAAAGGUUUUAAAGCAGCUGCACAAAUAUUUGAGCUUCUGAAUAGACAACCAGCUGUAAGAGAUGCCCAAAAUGCUUCAGCAGAUACUUGGGACACAGGAAAUAUUAAUUAUUCCAAAAUAGAAUUCCGUUAUCCCACGAGGCCAGACAUUAAGGUCUUAAAAGGAUUGGACUUGUCAAUUAUGAAUGGUAAAACAGUGGCUCUGGUAGGUCCCAGUGGAUGCGGAAAGUCCACAAUUAUUCAACUGCUGGAAAGAUUCUACGACCCAGCGAAUGGAACCGUUAACGUUGAUGGUACAGACAUUAGAACAAUGCAACUUAGGACGUUAAGGUCGCAACUUGGUAUUGUGUCACAAGAACCGAAUUUAUUCGACAGGACGAUUGGUGAAAAUAUUGCCUAUGGAGACAAUGACAGGAUAGUUACAACUGACGAAAUCAUUGAAGCAGCUAAAAAGGCUAAUAUUCAUAGCUUCAUUGCCUCAUUACCACUGGGUUACGACACUAGAUUGGGUGAAAAGGGUACCCAGUUGUCGGGAGGUCAAAAACAACGUGUAGCCAUCGCUAGAGCAUUAAUUCGUAAUCCGAAAGUUUUAUUAUUAGACGAAGCCACUUCGGCUUUAGAUAACGAAAGCGAAAAGAUUGUUCAAAAGGCAUUGGACGAUGCAAGGGAAGGCCGAACGUGUAUAAGUAUAGCGCACAGGCUUACAACAAUAAAAGAUGCCGAUUUAAUUUGCGUUAUCAAUAAUGGCGUCGUUGUCGAGCAAGGUUCACAUUCGCAACUUAUGAAAAUGCGGGGACUUUAUGAAAAAUUGUACACAAUGCAAGUUGGAGGAAGUUGAAAAAAUUUAUUGGCCAUUGUAAAUACGAAAAAAGAAGAUAUUAAAUUUAAAUUGACAGAACGGUACGUAAGAGCUACCUAGUAAUAAUUUUUUUUCCAAUAGUAGGAAAAUAUCUAAUCGUAAAAGUGAAAUUUAUUUAAAUAUUAUGUACCUGCAUAAAUUUAUAAUGUUAAGUUAAAAUUUGAAAAUAAUUGACCUAUCGUACACUAAGAAGUAGUUGACCAUAUGUGUAUGUUACAGUUGAAAUAAUUAAUCUAGUUAUUGUGUUUACUAUGUAGCUUUUAUAUAUGAGUAGUAUCUUACGAAAUUUAGAUAAAAUUAUUAUUUAUUGAGAUUGUAUUAAUCAAAUAAUCAAGCUAUUGUGUAUAAUAUAAUGUAGGACGUAAGUGAAUGCAGUAAUAAAACAGAAAAAAUAGUGA